GCUCUGCAUCUCUCCCUCCUCUCCCCUCCCUUUUCUCUGGCUAUCCAUUUGCCUGAGGACACUAAUCCAAGUCAUGGCCUCUCUUCGACCCUUAUCCUCGCUCAGAACGGGUCUGAAAGCAGCACCAGGCGUUGCUACUGUUGGAAGACGACACGCAGGCGGUGGAGGAGGAUUUAACGCACCAACCGGAUGGAUCUUUGGAGAAAGGCCCCCUCCCCCUGGACAGAGGAGGAAGAAGGAAAAUUGGGAACGCCUGUUCCACUGGGGUAUGAUCACGCCCCUUGUCCUUUUGGUCGCAUGGAAACAACUUGGACCCGAUACGUCCAUGGAGCCAUGGGCCCGGAAAGAAGCUGAGAAACGAAUGAGUGAACGUGGUGAUCUACCCAAGUAUACUCCCACCAAGGAGAACAUUGUCUCAUACGAAGAAUGGGACAGGAGGGAAGCGUCGAGAUUGUCAAGUCAAGGAAAGGGAGGUGAAGGAGCGCAUUGAGCCAAGGGUUAUGAUUCCCAAGAGGGCAGAGAUUUGAAAAGGUUGGGUCAACUUGGCAGAAUGCGAUUGAGACGUUAUGUAUAACAGAAAGGGAAGAGCUCGUGGUGGAAUAUGUGAUCUGAUCAUUCAAA